GAGCCCUGCGUGGGGCACGUCGGGCUCGUGCCCAGCGCGGAGAGGUUCCGGCUGCUCUACGGCGGCGCGGGGGCCGCCGAGCCGAGCCCGCCGAAGACCGCGGCCCGCGGUGCUCGCGGCGGGCGGCGCGGCGACGCCCCCCGCGGCAGGAGGAGCGGCCGGCGGGCGCGGCCGCCGGGCGCGGCGGGGGCGCCGGCGGCGCGGCGGCGUCCGAGGUGGGCACGCUGGAGGUGGACAAGCGGGCGCCGGGCGCCCUUGCAGAGGCGCCGGCCGAAGCCGCUGGCCGGGGCGCCGCGCAGGCCGAGAAGCCAGCGGCCGCCGCGCCCGCGUCGGCGGCCAAGGCC